CGAAAGACCCCACAGAGCACUCAUCUUCUCAACCCUAACUCUGUUUUCUCUCUCUCUCCCUCUCUCUCACACACAGCUCUCUCCCAAUCUCUCUCUCUCUUUCUCUCUGAUGAAAAGCGUCGGAAAAUGGGGAAAUACAUAAGAAAGAGCAAAAUCGACGGAGGAGAAGCUUUAAUGGAUGUUGUUUCACCUUCUUCCUCUUCUUCACUUGGUGUUUUAACCCGAGCUAAAUCACUAGCUCUCCAACAGCAACAACAACAACAACGCCGUCUUCUUCGAAAACCCUCUUCUUCUUCUUCGUCUUUACCACCGACUUCUCCUACUCCUAAUCCACCGAAGAAACAGAGGAAACAAAAGCAGAGUCAGCAGAUGAACGAUUGUACUGGUACUGGUUCGUAUCUUCAGCUACGGAGUCGUCGGCUACAGAAGAAACCCCCAAUUGUUUUGAUUCGGAGGAAACAACAGCAGCGGAGGAAAGAGACAUGCGGGAGAAACCCUAACCCUAGUCAUAAUCCCCAAAAUCAUUUGGAUUCGGUUCGUAGUGAUGGGUCUAGGUCUGAUUCAGUUUCUGAAAGUGUUGUCUUUGGGAAAAAUCAAGAAUUGGUUUGUGAAAUCAACAAAGAUCCUUCCUUUGGGGAAGCUACUCAACAAAGGAAUGCUUGGUUUCUCUGUCUUUCUAAGGACCACAAGGGAAUCCACACCAUGCAGUUUGAUAGGAAAGCCUGAAAUCAUCACGACCCCAGGAUCGUCUACAAAGCUUAACAUUUGUAUAAGUGAAAGCAACCAGAGGGAAGAGAGUUUGUCACGCAGCAGCCUUCGUCACCUACCAACUACACCUGAAAUGGACGAGUUUUUCUCGGGUGCUGAAGAAGAACAACAAAAGCAAUUCAUUGAGAAGUACAACUUUGAUCCUGUGAACGAACAGCCACUACCAGGACGGUUUGAAUGGACGAAGGUAGAUGAUUAGAAACAGCAAACAAUGGGGGGUUAAUAGUUAAUACAGAAUAUAUUAACAUUUUCCUGCUAAUUAUCGGUUUGAUCUUAUUACCAUCAUCCGUUUUCUUAACUUUUUCAACAUGUAAAGAGCUUAGGAGAGAAAAACCCAUGUAGUGUUUUUAAAAUUGGUCUGUAACAUAAGUGGCUGAAAAGGGUAUGUGUAGCACACAACUGAUACCAAUCCUUUUUAAGCUUUAACAGACCACCUUAGUACUAGUAACCAUAAGAGUAAGGUAUUAGAAGUAACCCAAAGUCUAUUAGGGUUUAGCAUUUAGGGUUUACUAGAGUUCUUUCUGUUUUAAUGGUCAGUGUUUUCUUUUAGAAAUCGGGUACAGGGGGGACUCUGCUUUCUCUUAUAACUCUUUGUCCUGUAACCAUUUUAAAAUUCUAUCCUUUUUAUGUGUAUACAUGUACUGAUCUCAAAACUCUUUCAAUAAAGACUUAUCCUUCUCUAUC